CUUCACCCUUCUCCACAUCUGUCAAGACUGGGAAGAUGAAGUUCCUCGUUGCAGCCUGGGUGCUGCUGCUGCUGCUGGUGCAAAAUGUGAUUGCAGCUAGUACACCAUUGCCAGAGGAAGUGUAUGCACCUUCAGCAGUGUAUCCAUCUUCUAUAUUUCGAGAGCCAAGUGGUCGUACAGAGCCAUUUGCCAAUGUGACCGGUGUUUUGGAUGACCGCGGAGUGUGCCAGUGCUCGGUUUACCUGCCCGAUACAACAUUUCCUGUACAGAAGGUGGAGAACCUAGAAAUUCUGGCUCAGCAGCUCUCAGUAAAAUUUGACAGUGAGCUUUCAAAAGUUAGCCAGUACACCAAAGCAAUUGCACUAUAUGAAGAAAAGAUUCUAAAUUUAACCAUCAAGAUUGAGCAUAUGGAGAAGACCAGCGUAUCUUACACGGAGCUGGAUUUCCAAUUAAUCAAACUGGAAAUCAGGGAAAUGGAGAGGCUGAUCACCCAGCUGAAGACAUCGCUUACGGAAAGCAACGUGGUCGUAGAGCAGUUGUUUGUAGAGAUUAGGAAUCUGAGUGUCCUGGUGAAUGAACUGGAAGUGUUGGAUAAGAAUAAUAUCCUUGCGAUUCGCCGAGAAGUUGCAGCUCUGCAGACUAAAUUGCAGGAGUGCGAAGUGGAUCGAAACCAGAGUGUUGGCAAUCCCUAUUUCCCACCUGGGAACUGCGGUCAUGGCCCAAUUAUGAACAUCAGCCAGCCUUACAUGAUACAGCUCAACUGGAGAGGGUUUGCUUUCAAAUAUGGAGCCUGGGGCAGAUAUUCAUCUCCUCUUAACCCUGGAAAUGAACUUUAUUGGGUUGCACCUCUGAAUACUGAUGGAAGAUACCUGGAAUAUUAUCGACUCUACAAUUCCUAUGAUGAUUUAUUGCUCUUCAAGUAUGCCAAGCAAAACCAGUUUCGGUAUGGCGAAGGAAGUGGCACAGCUGUUUAUAAUAAUUACAUGUAUUAUAAUGCAUAUUCCUCAAGAGAUAUGGCUAAGUUAAAUUUAAGCUCCAAUACGGUAGAGCUGAGGAAGACCCUUCCAGAUGCUGCUUACAACAAUCGGUUUUCAUAUGCAGGGGUAUCUUGGCAAGACAUUGAUUUUGCCGUGGAUGAGAGUGGGUUGUGGGUUAUUUACUCAACAGAAGCCAGCCAAGGUAACAUUGUCAUUAGCAGACUUAAUGAAACAUCUCUUGAUGUGCUGAACACAUGGGAAACAAAACAAUAUAGGCCUUCGGUCUCCAAUGCUUUUAUUGUAUGUGGAGUGCUCUAUGCUACCAGGCCUCUCAAUACUAGGAAAGAAGAAAUCUUCUACACUUUUGACACCAACACUGGAAGACAAGGGAGCAUAACCAUCAUUGUAGAUAAAAUGCUGGAAACCAUUCAGAGCAUCAACUACAGCCCUAUAGAUCGGAAGCUGUACAUCUACAAUGAUGGUUACCUUCUUCGCUAUGAGUUAAACUUCAAGCCUCUUCCAUCAUCAUAGUUUUCCAGGGAGGUUAAAAACUAUUGGGAUAUUCAAGGCCAUAGGGAAGCAAAGAUUUCAUCCAUUUGCAAUCAUCGUCUAGGAUAGGAAAGAGAAUUCGUUUUGGAUCUGGCCACCGCAUUAAAAAUAUAUAAAAAAUAAAAAUAUAAGAGGUUUCAGGGAGAAUAGAGGUGAUACAAUAAGUCCAUCAGGGGGGAGUUGAAAAAUUCAUGUUUUUUUUUUUCACGUGGUAUGUUUUUAAAAGGGGUUACACUUCUAUUUUCUGAAAAAAAAUCUGAGAAAUUGCUCUACUGAAUUUAUGUAUUUUGAGGCCAAAUUUGGCAGUGUGAUGGGCAGGAGGAGGCGGGUUUUGUGAGAGCUUCUUUUGUGCAAAGAUGCUUUAGGGGUGCAUGUGUAUCACACACAACAGACUUAACCAGUUUCAAACCCAGUGGCUGCAUAACUUUUUAGUGUUCAUCUCUUGAUUAUGGUUUUUUAAAAAAAUACCAUAAAAUGUUAUGCAAACUCAGCCAGUUUGAUUACUUUAUAGUUCAGUGUGCUGUGUGAACCCAGAAAAAGGUUAAACCAGGUUAAUCAUGUUGGGUUAAUUCUUUAACUCUGAUACAGUAUAUUUUGGGUAGAAGGGACAAUCCAUUUUAGUAGACUUGGGGUCACAUGCUGACAAAGUCAGCAUGUGACCAGUAUCAUUUUAAAAAAAAGCACUUAACUUUGGACAGUUGCCCUGACUGGCAUUCUUAGGGUGGGCUGGGGAUCAAAAAAGUCAAGAUGGUAGUACAAGGGGGUGGGGCUUCGAACAUGCUGCCAUGACAACCAUUUUGAGUCUACUGUAGAUGCUGCGGGCUAGGCCCAUUCAGUUGCGCCAGGCCACUUGUCUGUCUAGAUCCCACAGCUUUCUGCAGCUGGUGUGUAUAUUUGGCAAUAGAUGAAAAGAAAUGUCUCUACAGAUUUUUGGACUGAAUAAAAAUAAAAACAAUGCCUUAAUCUCU